AUGUUAACAACUCAUUACAAUGUAAGUACAUAUAUAAGAUCGUAUAAGAAGCCAGAGAGAUUUAAAACUGAUAUCAAAUUCAUACUGAAGUUUACGGCAGCGUUUUCUCAAGAUGGAACACCAUUGUUCAAAACCGGUCAAAGUCCUUUCAUUGAGAACAAUUGUACGUAUUAUAAUUGUUACUUAACAACAAAUAAGGAAUUACUAAGAGAUUUAAGAGACUUCGACGCUAUAGUGUACGAUGUCGAGCACUAUUGGGAUGGACAGGUAGUGUUAAGACAUCCCUAUCAAAAAUUCAUUUUCAUGGCGUCCGAAUCAGCUGCUAACUUCCCUCUAUGCGAUGCUUUGUACGACGAUUAUUACAAUCUGACAUGGACUUACAAACUAAACUCAGAUAUUCGCUGGACUUACAUAACUAUUACAGACAAAAAGGGCAAUUUUGUUGGUCCAAAUAUAAAUAUGACUUGGGUGAAUCCUAUGAAGCCUACACCCGAUGAGAUUAGGAAGAAGAUAGCUAAGAAGACGAAAGCAGCUGCUUGGUUUGUGUCUAACUGUAAGACAGUAAGUGGGCGAAAAAAUGUGACGAAAUUGAUUGAGAAAGAGUUGAAGAGAUACGACAUUAAUUUGACAAUAGACAUUUAUGGAUUUUGCGGUAAGAAAAAAUGUCCCAAAGAUAAUAUAGAAGAAUGCUUGUAUUUCCUCGAAUCGGAUUAUUAUUUCUAUCUAGCAUUUGAGAACUCGAUCUGUGAGGAUUACGUCACCGAGAAGGUUCUGUAUCCAUUGCAGAAUUAUGCAGUACCUAUAGUGUUCGGCGGGGCAAACUAUUCCAGGUUCCUUCCACCUGGUUCAUACAUCAAUGCAAGAGAGCUGCCCGCUUCUCAAAUAGCUAAUUUGAUGUUUAAAGCGAUAAACAAUCCGAAAAUCUAUGAAGACUACUUCAGAUGGCACAACCACUAUGAAUACAUAAAGACCCCACCAGAUCUCGAUGUGUGCAAGCUCUGUCAGAUUCUUAACGAGGAUGGUGAUAAGCACUCCUCAUACAAACACUUCAGAUCAUGGUGGAACCCUAAUUAUUCUUCAAUGUGCACCAAAGGAGUCGGCAAAUUCCUCGCCAUGAAGCCAAACUCCAUGAUGCUGGCAGAAGCUGAAAAAAAGAGGCUACCGAAAAAAAUCGUGAGAGGGCCGAUCUUGCUCAUAGAAGGCGUCGAGGCGACAACCGCCUUGACGCCUAAGACGCUGCAAUCCUGCUUCUAUGAACUGCAGGCAGAGCUUUAG